AUGUAUUCCUUGGGUAUCAACAGAAUAGCUUGCAUUGGAGCUGGGUUUGUGGGGGGACCCCUGGGUGUUGUGAUAGCGUCCAGAUGUUCAUCUGUGCAAGUUACCGUGGUUGACAAAGAUCCAACACGCAUUGACGCAUGGAAUUCCGAAUCACUGCCCUUGCAUGAACCGCAGCUCGCUGAAAUCAUCUCAGACAUCAGACAACAUGCAGGGGAAUCGACCGAAUGCGUGAAAUCGCGCCUCAUCUUCUCCACCGAAAUACAAAGAGCAAUCCAAGAAGCUCAGCUUAUUUUUCUCUGCAUUGAUACUCCUACAAGAACUAGUGGCCAGGGCAGUGGCUUUGCUCCAGAUCUGGGAAACCUAAAACAGGCCAUUGAGACCAUCGCUCGAACAGCGACAGACGAUAAGAUACUAGUGGCAAAGUCCACUGUUCCAUGCGGGACCGCUCAGAUAAUCAGGAAGCUUUUUGAACACUAUUGUCGGCCGGAUGUCAAAUGUGAAGUCCUAUCGAAUCCCGAGUUUCUCUCCGAAGGCACGGCGAUUCAGGAUCUUCUUUAUCCUAAUAGGGUCUUGAUUGGGUCUCAGCAGACAGUGUCCGGCAAAGAUGCAGCGCGUAAGCUAGCCGCCAUUUAUCAGGCUUGGGUGCCCCCCAGCAGAAUCAUCUUUACGGACUCUUUGUCUGCCGAAUUGGGCAAACUGGCAGCAAAUGCUAUGCUUGCGCAACGAGUAAGCAAUAUCAAUACCCUUGGCACCAUCUGCGAAGCCACCGGCGCAAGCAUUGAGUCCGUAUCGCGGAUAUGUGGCUCAGAUCCAAGAAUUGGACCGCACAUGCUAAAUGCUAGCUUAGGAUGGGGUGGAGGAUGUUUCCAAAAAGAUAUCCUCAGCCUUGCUAAUAUGACACGAAAUCUCGGCCUUGACCAGAUAGGCAGUUACUGGGAAUCUGUUGUUAGGACGAAUGAGAAUCACAAAUUAAAUUUUCAGAGGCGUCUCGUAUCCUGCAUGGGCGGCAGUAUCAAGGAUUGUUCUAUCACAGUUCUGGGCUUCGCAUUCAAGAAGGGAACAUCGGAUACAAAGAAUUCACCGGCUAUCUCUUUAGUCAGGGGCCUCCUUGCCAGUCAGGCAAAGGUGACUAUAUACGACCCCAUGGUGCGAGCAAAAAAGAUCUUAACCGACCUACACUUGACGGCAGGAGAACUUGAAAGAACUACAGUGUCUCACUCCUCCUACAGCGCAUGUAUUGGCGCAAACGCAGUUGUGGUGGCAACUGAUUGGGACGCUUUUCAGUGUGGGCUCUUGAGAAACGAUGAGAGACAGACUUUAAACUGGGAACACGUGUUGCAAGCGAUGCAGGAGCCAAAACUCGUUUUCGAUGGACGGAAUAUCUUGGACCGUGAUUUCAUCCACAAGCUGGGCGGCCGGUAUGUGCGGGGGGGGAAUCCAUCGGAGUGGGAUCAAGUAUCAGUAGCUUCUCUCUGA